CAUGCGCAGCAGCAGCAGCAGCAGCAGCAGCUUUUAUUUUGACAUUUCACACGAGGACAGUUUUUGUAGGUGAACCCGUGCAGGUGACAGACGUUCGGAAGAGAAACCCCGUACCCGAGGCCGGAGAGCGGGAGCAGAAACACCGCAGACCCUCCGCCGUCGCCGCAGUGUCCCCGUCCACGGUGUCUCCGUGGACAGUGUCUCCUCCGGCCUGAUUCACCGGGACUGUUCGUGUCCCUUCGGCGCUGCCACGCGCUCCUGUGUCGGAUUGAACCCGCCGAGGUCCCGCUGCCUUCAGUCCGCCGCAUUUCCGCAUUUUAGCGUCUGAGGCUCCGGUGAAACCGGGAGGUGAGCCUCCUCCAGCUCAGUGUCUCCAUGGUGAAGUGGGUGUGGUCUUAUGUCACUCCCUCCCCCCUGUCUCGUGGACUCCUCCUCCGUGCCCACCAUGGUUUCUAGGCUGCCAAAGUUUGGCUCGCGGUCCAAAUCCACGUCGGUGUCCAACAGCGUUCAGACGGACACCUCCAGCACUGGCACCUUCACUGGUGCCGCCGGGACCCGCCUCACCAACGGGUUCUACCACCACCCCGGCCCGGCAGGGGGAACUGGCCCCACCUCCUCUCUGAAGCAGAAUGGAUUCCUAAGAGCACCGACUUCGUUCUCCAUGAAAUGGAGGAAGGACGAUGGGACGCCACCACAGGAGGGAGGUGCUAAUGCAGAGGGGGAGUGGAGACGAGGGAAAAGAGGGAGUGGCUUCCAGAAUCGAUCCGGGAACAACAUCCAUUACGAUUCUUCCCAACGGCAACAAGAAUCUAAAAAAACAGCCACGGCCUCUGAAGUAAAGGGGCGUGGCUUUGUCCAGACGGCCACACCCUCAUCCUGGCCGUCAGCGCAGUCCAGCAGCAGAACACUUCCUAUUUCUAAACCUGGAUCUGAAGUUUCCAAACCAAGCCAGACCGCUUCCAGGCUGAAGAGUGGUUUUCCUGGAUCCAGACCUCGCAGUGGAACCACGGGUUCCCUGAGACAACCUCAGACCUUUCCUCGUACUGGUGGUUAUAGACAAGGUCCUGGUCCGUGUUCUCGAGCUGGUUCCCCGUUUCAGAAGAAAGUGCCGGCCAGCCGCUCACACUCCAGUGACGGUCUCGGGUCCACUCAGACCGCCCUGCUCUCUCAGAGCAACCGCUUUAGAUCACAAAGCCUCACCCAGGUCCGGCAGCAGGCUCCGCCCAUCCCCACACCCUCCUCCCUCCUUCCCUCCCCAACCAUCCCUCGCGCCUCCUUCACCAGCAGAGCUGCAGAACGAGCCACUGCUCAGGCUCCGCCCACAGGUGGCAGAAAAUCACCUGUUACCAGGCAGAGUCCAGAGGGGGGAAUCAGAGGGGGAGGAGCCCCACCACCCUCUGUCUUCAAGAAACCCCUCCUACCCAACCUUGGCCCCGCCUCUAGGCCCAGCGGCAUCAGCUAUAAACUGACACGCCCAUCUCUCUUCAAGCAGGCCCGCCCCCUGCGGGUGACUCCACCCUCUGGAACAGAAGUGAAAGUGAAAUCAGUUGAAUUUAAAUCAACGGCCGAAAACUGUUCAGAAAAUCCUCCAGAGACGUUGGAGGGACUGUCCACAGUGUCUCAGGCAGAGGUGUCCAUGGUGGGGGAGACACUGGAGGACAUGUCCAUGUCUUCAACCUCGUCUCUGGACAGAAACGACAUCAGUCAGGAGGAGUACAUGGACGAUUUCGAUAAUCUCGGAAACGGUGGAGUCGGCAUCUUACUUCUCUCCAAAAAUGAUGAGGACGACUCGGGGCUCGACCAAUCGUGUGCCAGAUUUGACGAUGGCGGGGUGAAUGUUAAUAGCGUUGCCGUGGCGACAGCUCUGUGUUUCCUGGAGGACGGCAUGGACUGGGCUAGCAUGAAGCUAAGUGGCGAUGGAGCGCGGCGUCACAUGACUCCGCUGUCACGCCACAGACGCUCGAGUCACCACGACGACCACGAGCAGGACGGCUCGUCUCUCGACCUGUCUCCCUCUGACAGCUGUGCAUCAGACGGGACAUACAUGUGGGACGAGGAGGGUCUGGAGCCACUGGGGGGCGCCAUCACCUCCACCUCCAUCAACACGAAGAGCAGCAACAACACGCUCCAACACAGCAGAGGGAGCUUUGACUCUGACGUCCACAGCAUUGACGUCCUGAACGAUCUGGACAAUCUGGACUCAUGUGACCUGGAGGACGAUGAUCUCAUGUUGGAUGCAGACUUGGCAGAAGAUUUGUCUCUGCACAGCGACGGAGACGGUUUGUCCCACAUGGCCGAGUGGAGGAGGAGACAGCUCUGCUGGGGGACGCAGGACGUCCACAACGACAACGACAGCGACUUCGCGUGCUAUGAGCUAACGGAGGAUCCUGGCAACAAGAGGACGGACGUGGACGGGGACGUCGUCCUGGACCUCUGUCCUUCAAGGACGGCCCUCCUCUCUGUGGUGACGCCCCCUGCUGGUGUGGGCGUGGACAUGGAGGACCUGGCUGAAGAAUGCUCGGCAGUGCGAUCGCAGCUCAAGUAUCUGCAGAUGUUACUGCUGCAGGACGAGGACGGGGACACUGUGAGUCCUGAUGUUAACAACUCGUCCCAGAGCUCUGACUCUCAGGUGCAGCUCCUCCUGCAGGAGGUGCAGCAGCUCAGGGAGGAGCUGAAGAGUCGAGACCGGACCAUCGCACACCUGCUGCAGAUGUCUGUUCCCACGGUGACGGCCAGGUGUCGUUGCCAGGAGACGACGGGGAGGACGGAUCAACACACACAGACGAGUGUGAUAGAGAGAGAGGGUGUGGCUUCACAGACGCCCAGGAGAGAAGAGGUGUCACAGAUAUUUGACUCCUCCCAUCAGAACGACCAGGAACCAUUGAUGGACCAAGUGUCCACGCCCCCACCGCCAGCCCAAGCACCGCCCCCAUCUUAUCCCCACUCUGAUGCGGCCACUGACUCCACCCCCGAAGACAGAGAGGACGAUGGGUAUAGAGCAGUGAAGGAGACGGGAGGAGGGGGAGGAGCCUGCAGCAGAUCAGUCAGGCUCCCCCAACCUUCUAAACUCCGCCUCCUCCCACCUCACACCUCCACUACUGCCCCGCCUCUAAAGACCAACACAUACAGGCAAAUAGAGUGUGGCGUGACAUCAGGAGGUCACCUGAGGACGUCCCUGCCUCGUCUCUGCCCCACCUCCCGACGCCAGAGACAAACUGACGGAGACAGCGUUUAAACUUUUAACUUUGCUCCGCCUCCUGACCCCAACCGCCAUUGUAAUGCGCUGCUGCAACUGUCACUCAACCACUGCUCCACCCAUUGCUCCACCCUCCUCUCAAACUGCUACUGAAGCCGUCAUCGGAUUAAAGGAUUAGAUUAGGAUUAAUCUGAAAGUUGAAGUGACUGCAGAAAUCUUUAUUAAUUAUUUAACAUAUUUAUUAUCGAUUGAAUUUAAAAUAAUAUUUAAAGUUUAUUUAUGUUAAAGCUGCUGUAUGCGAGUUUUCCUCAGUAAUGUUUGUUUAUUUGUUUUUUUCAUUGUUGCUAAUUUAAUCUGAAACCUUGUUUUAUCGUCUUUAAACGUGUUUAUUUUUAAAAAUUAAAUUGGUAAAAAAAAAAGCCUGCUAGUUAACAUUGGCUAACUUUAGAUAAUCUGUCUAAAGUGCAAAAAAACUCCGCCUUCAUGUCACAUUUCAGUUGUUAAAACUUGUUAUUAUAGUUAUUUGGAUCGAUCGCAAACUGACGUUUGACCUCCAGAGAGAAGUCACAUGACCUCAGGCUCCUCCCACCAUGGAUUCUUGUUUGUUUGAGACUGAAGGGGGCGAAUCCCGCUGCAGCGGGAAUCCUUGCCAUGUUUUCACUCCGACCUGCUCUGAGGAUCUCUGCGCUACAAGCCCCUCCUCCCCUCGGGUUGGCCCCUCCUACAGACUGAAGGAGGCGGUCUUUCAUCACAGAAAAAUAAACUCCUGAUCUUUUUUUUUUUUACUUCCUGAUCCUUGACUUUUUUUUAUCACAUGACCACAACAAAUCAAAAAUGUUAAAGAAAAUCUUUUACGCACGUUUAGACUCAGAAGUUAGCAUAGCAGUGACUGUCAUGCUAGUGUUGCUAAUGUAAAGAUGGCUGUUAGCUUGUGUUAGCAAACUUUGGCCAUCUGACAGGAUGGCUCUGAUUGGUCUUUGCUCGUAAAGCUAAAUAUUUUCUCUGCAGAAAAGAGAACUCAUGUACCCACAAUGCAUUUCAGCUCCAUAUUUAACGUGAAGACUCGUCAGUGCCGCCUGGUGGUUUUCACUCGUCUUAAAAAACAUCGUCAGGUUAGCGUUUAUCGUGAAAACAGAAACUGUUAA